UGGGAGAGAGAGAGGAGAGCUGAUGUCUAAGGGAGUCACUCGGAGGAGGCAAAGCAGGCAGGCUCUCAACUUCUCCGCGUUGGUGGUGCUCAGCGCGAAGCGGGAUCGCUGGAAAGCGGCGCCCGGGCUUGCCCAAAGCGGAGCCCGGCUCUCCUGGCCAAGCUCCUGCGCGCCGGGAUUUGACUCCGUUCACUUGAAGCCACUUGACCGGCCCCCUCCUGCCGCCGCCGCCGCCGCCGCCGCCGCUCCUCGUCACCACCACCACCACUCAGCGAUGUAUUACUCCCUGCUCUCCGCCUGCACUUGCCUAUGUUUACAUUUCUUGCUGCUCUGCAUCCCGGUACAGAUGUUUGUCCCUGAAGAAAAUGUGGAUUUUCGGAUACAUGUGGAAAAUCAAACAAGAGCACGAGAUGAUGUAAGCAGGAAGCAGCUGAGGCUUUACCAGCUGUACAGCAGAACAAGUGGGAAACAUAUCCAGGUGCUAGGGAGACGGAUCAGUGCCAAAGGAGAAGAUGGAGACAAAUAUGCCCAGCUUCUAGUGGAAACAGACACAUUUGGCAGUCAAGUCCGGAUCAAAGGGAAAGAGACAGACUUUUACCUUUGCAUGAACAGGAAAGGCAAGCUGGUAGGGAAGCCGGAUGGCACCAGCAAAGAGUGCGUCUUCAUUGAGAAAGUCCUAGAGAACAACUAUACGGCGCUCAUGUCAGCGAAAUACUCAGGCUGGUAUGUUGGUUUCACUAAAAAAGGGAGGCCUCGGAAGGGCCCCAAGACUCGGGAGAACCAGCAAGACGUUCAUUUUAUGAAAAGAUACCCAAAGGGGCAAGUGGACUUACAGAAACCUUUCAAAUAUACCACAGUGACCAAGAGGACUAGGAGGAUACGACCCACCAACCCCAGUUAAAAACACAGGAGAAUAAACUACAAAUGAUAAACUGUACCAGAGAAAUAUUUUUACAUUUUUUUAAAAAAAGGGGAGAAGCUCUAUUUUUGUACAUUGUUUUUAAUUUUUUUUAAAGACUGGAUUAAAAAAAAACCCACUGGGGAAGCUGUAAAAGAUUUAUUGUAACUUGAAGAAGAAGAAGAAAUUAAUGGCUCUAUUUAAAUUGACUCUCUUUUUUUUGUGCUGUGGAUUGACGUACAGGUGCUUAUUUCUCUUUUGGAAUGGACAACCUUUUGGAAUGGACAAUUUUUUUUUCAAGCCAGUCCCUAGAGGGAAAGAGUUCAUCUGAAAAUGGGAAUAAUAAUAUGAAUAUGAAUAAAAACCAAAACCACAAACCAAAGAAAACCAAAGUUCUUUUCCCAAAGUCCCCCCCAAAAAACCUUGGAUAAUUCUCUGGUGUUGCAGUGAUCUGUUGUAUUGUCUGCUGCAAGCUCGACCAAGACACGUAGACGGUCUGCAAAAUCCAUCAUUGAGCUUCCAUGGAGAGCUCAAUACCUCAGCCCUUUGUAACCUUUCCAACGACAUAAGGUGUCACACCUCUGUGAUCCUGCAUUAUGACGCUCACUUCUGGAGAAUGCUGCUAAUGACCUUCAAGUGACUAAGUAAAAUAACCUAUUAACACCAAUGAUAAGGGAAUAUUUUAAAACCAGCUCUAUUAUAUAUAUAAAUAUAUAUUAUAUAUAUAAGCUAUUUAUUUCACCUCUCUGUAUAUUGCAGUUCCAUGAACCAAGUAUU